AUGAUGAACGACACCAUGGUUUAUUCUAUGCGCCAUUUUAUUUGUUUUCCAUCUCCUAAACCAUAUGAAACCACCGAAGCUACGACGAAUGAUACAGAAAAUGCCAUUCCCUUCAGAUAUUCUAGAAGAACCACUCAACCAUGCAUUGCUGGUCCAUGUGUGGAGAGAGUUGGCAGCAUACAAUCUGAAACAUCUUCCGCUUCUCCAUUGAGCUACAUUGGCAGCACACGCACCGGGUCAACUUCUACCUCAGAUAGCGAUACUGGAACAACAAUAGCGUCAACCGCUACUGGAAACUCCUCAUUGCCUGCUGAGCCAUCAGCCAAAUCCACCUCAACAUCACGAUGGCACACAACCACACCCUAUAUUCCUAUCCUGCAGCAAGAUGGGAGUCUACAGGCCCCACAAAUCACAUUCGAUGGCUAUGGCUGCUAUGGGGGCCGGUUUACUCCUGAAUCUAUUAUCGGAUUCCUAUACGAGCUGACAUCAUUCUUUGAGGCCACCGUCUCAGACCCUUCGUUCUGGUCAGAAUAUGCCACGGGGGCUACUAUCUGGCUGAAGCGUGAAGAUCAAAAUGAAUAUGGCAGCCAUAAAUCUCGCAGUAUCAUCGGUCAGCUCCUGCUAGCACGACGUAUGGGCCGAUCUGAGAUCAUCACCGAGUGUGCUUCAGCCAAACAUGGCAAAUUUACCGCUGCAAUGUGUGCUCGUCUGGGAUUGAGCUGUGUGAUCUUCAUGGGUGCAGAUGAUGCCAGUGCCCAGGAGAAGGAUGUGCUCGAGAUGAAGUCACUGGGCGCCAAGGUACUGACGGCUCGCGCGCCCUCGGGCUUGGGCAGCUUGCGCGCAGCUAUCACAGACGCCCUGCGAGAUUCGGUCUGCAAGCACGAGUCUGCAUACUACCUCAUGAGUAGCCCGGUGGGUCCCAAUCCCUUGCCGACUCUGGCUCGCACGUUCCAGGCCCUUCUAGGCGAGGAGGUCGCAGCCCAGAUGCACGAGGCAGCGGGUCGCCAUCCGGAUGCUCUCGUCACCGCCGUGGGCAGCGGUAAUGGUGCAAUUGGUCUCUUUAGACCGUUCCUUCAUGACUCAACUAUUCGCUUAGUUGGCGUGGAAGCCGCACAGGCAGCUGCCCUGACAGACGGGGAGAUCGGUGUACUCCAGGGUGCCCGUACUCUCUUGCUUCAAGAUAAACAUGGUCAGAUCAUCGACUCACAUUCCAUCUCACCGGACAUGAACCUGCCAUCUGUGGGGCCUGAGAUUGCUCAUUGGAAGGACUCUGGCCGAAUUGAAAUUUCCACGGCUACCGACGCGGAUGCCCUGGAUGGAUUUAGAACCCUUCAGCACCACGAGGGAAUCCUUCCUGGUCUUGACUCGAGUCACGCGAUAGCCAAGACCGUCGAUCUCGCUAGGGAACUUGGCCCAGGCAAAAAUGUGGUUUUGAUGGUGACUGGAUGUGAUAAUAUUGACGUGGAUCAGUUAGAUGUUUGA